AUGUUGCUCAAACGUUUUCAAAAUGGCGGAUUCUUGGUUUCAUUUUACAAAAGCAGUUGUAAGAAGAGUUUCUAGCCGUUUUGCCGAAGGUUCUUUGAAACUUGAAGAGCCAGAGGAAGCGAUUAGUUUAACAAAAGCGAAAGAACAGUGGACGAAUUAUGUUGCGGCUUUGAAAGGGUUAGGGUUGGAAAUUAUUGAGAUCGAAGCGGACGAUAAGUCUCCCGAUUGUGUUUUUAUCGAAGAUGCGGCUGUCGUAUGCGAUGAUACUGCUCUGAUUACAAGGCCCGGCCAUGCGUCAAGGCGAGGGGAAACUGUCGCUGUUAGAAAAACUUUGGAAAAGCUUGGUACUAUAUAACUCGCUUUAUAGUAAUAAUAAAUUAUAAAAUUCCAGUGUGGAAAGUAAAAGUUUGCUUUCUAUAUAUUUACAAUUAAAUUUCGAAAUCUUGGCCGCGCAAUUUCCAAACUAGUCAGAAUCAGGGUCUUAGCUAGGAUCUUAGAUCUUGGGCGUGUUUCUAAUGGCCAGGGUGUGCACAUGUCAAUUACCCUGAAUAGCCAAAUUCACGGUUCUAUAGUUAAUAUGCUUGCCACUGUGUGACAUAUUCGAUAUUCCAACACUGUUCAAUCUUGUCCCCCGAGCCUGCGAUCCUCGGGAAGGAACGCAAGGCUCUGGGAUGAUCCGUUUCAGGGAGGGAUCUGAUUGGCCGUUGAAAUGGAAUGCAUGGUUCAAUCUUAGCCAGAAUUCCUGGCUUCCAGCAACGGUUUAUCCCAGAGCCUCGCGUUCCUUCCCGAGCAUCACAGGCUCGGGGAACGAGAUCCAACACUGUUUUGUAUGUCAAUAUAAAUAUACAAUACAAACAGACCUAUUUUAUUCUUAACAAGCUUUCGUUGGUAGGGACACAACUACCUGAAAAAUGUAAGGAGAGUUGUGACGUUUCAAGCAAAGGCCCUUUGUCUGGAGUUACUAGCAGGGGUCGGGAAAAUUACAUAAGUUUUAUACUAAGAAUAUGAAAGCAUCAUGUGACAAAAAAUAAACCAAUCAGAUAGAUUUAGUCAAAACAAAGUGUAAACAAAAAAAGUAAAUCACAUUACAGAAUAUAUUACUGACAAAUAUACAGAAAACUCCAAUUGUCUUUCAGGUCUAAAAAUCAUUGAUAUGACAGACCCGGCAUUAUUGGAUGGUGGUGAUGUUUUGUUCACAGGUCAAGAAUUAUUUGUUGGUCUUACGUCCAGAACUAAUAAAGAAGGCGUUGAAUCUUUGGCAAAAGCCUUUCCCAAGUAUCCAGUUACAGCUAUCGAUAUGGCUGAAGAAGGUAAUGUAUUUCUUCCUUCAAAAACAACCUUCCCAAACUUGAAUCCUUUGACAUCAAUCGAUUGCACACUUCGAAGACUUAGUGUUUCUAGUAUCGUUCCUACAAUCCAACUUGCUGUUCGUAAAGGUCAAUUUAUGCAUUUUUCAUGUUAA